ACCUUCGACAUUCCGAACGAUGUAUCUGCCCGGACACAUUUUACUCGCCCUCGUCAAACCGGCGACACCAAAGUCAGAGACGGUUUAUCUUUGGUAACGUCGUUCAACAGGUCUUUACACCCACCAGCGUGUUGAAGGUGUUCAGAUUAAUUUAACACCUGUUUUAUAUUGUUAUCUUUAGUCGACUUUCCGCUGUCCGCACGCGGCGGCCGUUUAUUUGGAAGAUGUCUCGUGCGGGUUUGAGCUGCCCGGGCUGCGGGUCCUCUAACAUUGUAGACGAUGAUCUGUACGCUCAGCCCCAGCUGGUGUGUGUGGACUGCGGAUAUGUGGUGUCCGAGGGAGCGCUGGCCGACGAACCAGUCGGAGGUGCAGAUGUCAGCUACAGCCGAACCACAGCUGUGGCCAAAAAGCCGUGUAUAAACCUGAUAAAAGGUCUGCAGCGUGUGAAAGCCAUAUGUCGGAGUCUCAGGGUCCGCAGUGAGAUCGAGGACCUCUCGCAGAACUAUUACAACCAGGCCUAUCAGCAUGAAAGUUUCAUCAAAGUGAGCCUCCAGAAGAAAGAAGUUCUCGCUGGGUGCUGUGUGCUUGUAAGCUGCAGACUGCUCAAUUGGCCCAUUACCAUGGGAACCAUCAGCUGCUUGCUGGAUGCUGACCCGAUGGUUGUGGGAGCGAUUUAUCAAGAGAUGGUCAAGAUUCUCAACAUUGAGGCUCCGAUCGUCAACGUCACUGAUGUAAUGGAGGCCCACGGUCAGGAGUACAAAAUUAGCUCGCUUCACGUUCCUGAAGAAUUGGCUGAGAACUCCAAGGACUUGACCAAACGUGCCGUGGCCCUGGUGGAGCUGGCAGCAGACACCUGGAUUGUGACUGGCCGCAAGCCCAUCCCCAUCAUGAUGGCGGCAAUCUACUUGGCCUGGCAGUCCUUAAAACCCAACAAGCGCCGCCUGAAUUUCUCUCUGGAUAAAUUCUGUCAGAUUGCCAAAGUGAAUAAGCACAAGCCUGCUUUGAAGAGAAUAACUGAGAUAAAGGAGGUGCUUUGUAAACUGGGUAAGGAGAUUCCCUGGGUCAGAGAAGCGGUGACACCAGAUAAUGUUGUUCAGCAGGUGGAGGAUAUUCUGAAGCACAGGUACGCCCUGCUAAGGAGGGCUCUGAGAACCCACGAGGACGCUCUGCUGGAAGAGUGUCAGGCCAGCUGUGAGGACUCUCUAACUGAGGAGACUGCUCCCUCCCAAAUCUCUGAGCCUGUAGCACAGACUCCAAACGCAUCCUCUGUGGAACAAUGUGAACCGAAUGCUGAAAGGGUCCCCAGACCAGGAGAUGGAGAUGAUAAUCCAUGCACAGUGCCCGAGCUGCACAGUGACACCCCUGAGAGCCAAGAUCCAGCGCCAAACUGGGGGAAGAGAGUGCUGUUUGCUCCCCCGUGCGUGAUUCAUGCUAAGAAAAGGAGAAUGGAGCAGCCUGAGCACAAGGAUGUAACUGGUGACGAGGAAAUCUCUGACAGUGAAAUUGAGUCAUACAUCCGCACUCCUCGGGAAGCUCGAGAGUUUGCUCUGACACAGAAGAUAUUGUCCACGACUGAGAGUGAGAAAUCAUAACCAGUUAUGGAUCGAGACCAAUGUUUAUUUCUUUGGUUAUAUAAGCAAAAACAGAUUUUUAAGCUUCUAUUUUAGGGCUAUUGUAAUAAGGAUGCUGGUAUUUUCAUUUCCAUGAGACUUGGUUGAUUAGAGAUGAUACAACCUUUUUUUAUGUGUAUGAUAUAUUUAAAUUUUUGUCCAGUAACAGAUUGUAUCUGUUUAUUGUUUGCUGCUUAUACUUGGUUUACUUGCAAAUAAAGUUGUGUUGAAGUGGUUAAAAAUGUAGUGUGAGGAUCCCCAUUUAAACUGUGAAAUGCUUUUCUUUUAAAGGAAAUCUAACGGCAUCAGAAAAACAAUGAGUGUAAUAAAUCUUACCCUAGUAUCUUAA